AUGGCUUCCAAGUCAAUGCUUCUUGUUGCCUUACUUGUCGGCUCUCUAGCUUUCACUUCAUUCGCUAAUGUCGGUAACAGGAAGCUUAAGAGCGGUCUCGAGGAUCAAAAGACGUUCUUCCACCAUCGAGGCGGUCUUGGUGGAGGCGGUGGUCUAGGUGGAGGGGGUGGCCUUGGCGGAGGCGGCGGUCUUGGCGGAGGAGCCGGUGGAGGUCUUGGUGGAGGAGCCGGUGGUGGUUUAGGCGGAGGCGGCGGUCUAGGCGGAGGAGCUGGAGGCGGCGGUGGUUUAGGCGGAGGUGGUGGUUUAGGAGGAGGAGCUGGUGGUGGUGCUGGAGGAGGAUUUGGGGGAGGAGCUGGAGGCGGUGGUGGACUUGGUGGAGGCGGUGGUGCCGGAGGAGGAUUUGGCGGUGGUGCUGGUGGUGGUGCAGGUGGUGGGUUCGGAGGUGGAGCUGGAGGCGGUGGAGGACUCGGAGGAGGAGCCGGAGGUGGAGCCGGUGGAGGUGGAGGAUUUGGAGGAGGAGCAGGUGGAGGUGCCGGUGGUGGAUUCGGUGGUGGAGCCGGUGCUGGAGGUGGUUUCGGCGGUGGACGUCAUUGA